AUGGAUGCUCCAAAUUUCAUCGACCACGACCUCUGGGGCUCCCUCCAUCCACGCAACUCCGCCAACCUCUUCCGCAUCGACUUUUUCACGCUCACAAGCCUCAUCAAAAUUGGGCGGAAUCCGGCGACGAAUAAUAUCGUUCUUCCUGGGCUGAGAAUUAGUAAUCGCCACUGCGAGAUUCGAUGGGAUCACAAGACAGUUGUUGUGACUGAUUAUUCCAGUAAUGGAACUUGGGUCAACGGCGUUAAGCUCGGUAUGAACAAAUUAUGCAUCCUAAAGGAUGGAGACGAAAUUGCGUUUGGUACGACAAUGCCACAGGACGAGGAAGAUUAUCGCUUUAUUUUUCACACCCAUAAGACGUGCCUGGACGAAUAUGACCGUGGCGAACUAUACGAGCACUACGAACUAGCCCACCAAAUCGGCGAAGGUAGCUUUGGCACUGUGAACAAAGGAAUGUCUUUAGCGACCGGAGAGUUUGUUGCCGUCAAGAUCAUAAAACUGCCCAAAACCAUUGGGAAAUCACGCAAAACUAUGCGCGUCAAUAUGGCCAGGGAAGUCAAUAUCAUGAGUAACCUUAACCAUCCGAAUAUCUGUGCGUUGAAGGAUGUGUUUCAUCAUGAGAGUGACGGAUCGAUCAAUAUGGUCAUGGAGCUGGUUGAGGGGGGUGAUCUGCUGGAUGCUAUUAACAACGGUCUGACCCAGGACGAAGGUACGACGAGGCAUAUCGCUUGGCAGGUCUGCGAUGCGGUUGGGUACCUCCACGAUUGCGGCGUCACUCAUCGCGAUCUUAAGCCUGAGAAUAUUCUCUUAACCAGAGAUACUCCUCCUCUGGUCAAAAUAGCCGACUUUGGGCUGGCUAAAGUUGUGGAUCACCUUACUAUGCUUCAUACGAACUGUGGGUCUUCGGCUUACCGUGCCCCGGAGACAUUUGGUAAGAGGGCACGAGUUGAGGGUUAUGAUUAUCUGGCAGAUAGUUGGAGCAUGGGGGUGGUCGUAUUCACGAUGCUCACGGGCACCCUGCCUACAGACAAAAAAGCAGCCGCUAGGCCGACGAUUGAGUGGUCUUUGUUGGACGAAUCGGAUGUUAGUUCUGAAGCGAAAGAUUUUAUGGACUGCCUCCUGCAAGUGGACGUCGAGGCGAGGAUGACGAUGAGGAACGCACCCCAUCAUCCGUGGAUGAAAGAUAAGGUACCGGAAAUGUGUGAGUGGAGGGCUAAAGUGUUGGGUGCUUUGGCGAAGAGUAAGGAGGCGCUUUACCACGAGGCGUAUCGGAAGUAA